AUGGAGGCCUCUCGCGGACCCCCUCGGGUCAAGAACAAGGCUGCUGCGCCGGUUCAGAUCUCCGCAGAGCAACUGCUCCGCGAGGCCGUUGACCGGCAAGAGCCUGGCCUUGAGGCGCCGACCCAGCGCUUUGCCGAUCUUGAAGAGCUACAUGAAUACCAAGGUCGGAAAAGAAAAGACUUCGAAGACUAUGUGCGCCGCAACCGUAUUAACAUGAACAACUGGAUGCGCUAUGCCGCCUGGGAGCUUGAACAAAAAGAAUUCCGCCGCGCGCGAUCCAUCUUCGAGCGUGCGCUCGAUGUUGACCCGACUUCGGUGGUUCUUUGGAUUCGUUACAUCGAAGCUGAGAUGAAGACCCGAAAUAUUAAUCAUGCCCGAAACCUCCUCGACCGCGCCGUGACUAUCCUCCCACGCAUCGACAAGCUCUGGUAUAAGUACGUCUAUAUGGAGGAGACGCUGGGCAACAUCCCCGGUACCCGCCAAGUGUUUGAACGAUGGAUGUCAUGGGAACCGGAAGAGGGUGCAUGGGGCGCAUACAUCAAAAUGGAGAAGAGAUAUAGUGAAUUCGAACGAGCACGCGCCAUUUUCCAGCGGUUUACUGUCGUCCACCCUGAACCUCGAAACUGGAUCAAAUGGGCCCGCUUUGAGGAGGAGUAUGGCACAAGUGACUUGGUUCGUGAAGUCUAUGGUGUGGCUAUUGAAACGUUAGGGGAAGACUUCAUGGACGAGAAGAUCUUUUCCGCGUAUGCUAAAUUCGAGGCUAAGUUGAAGGAGUAUGAGCGCGCUCGAGCGAUUUACAAGUAUGCCCUAGACCGACUGCCACGGUCCAAGGCGAUGGCCCUUCACAAGGCCUACACGACAUUUGAAAAGCAAUUCGGUGAUCGUGAAGGUGUGGAGAAUGUCAUUCUAUCCAAGCGCAGAGUGCAGUACGAAGAGCAGCUUAAGGAGAACCCUCGCAAUUAUGACAUCUGGUUCGACUUUGCGGGCUUGGAGGAAACUGCGGGUGACACAGAACGGGUGCGGGACAUCUACGAACGGGCCAUUGCACAGAUUCCUCCAUCACAAGAGAAAAGACAUUGGCGUCGCUACAUCUAUCUCUGGAUCUUUUACGCCGUAUGGGAAGAAAUGGAAGCGAAGGAUAUGGAACGCGCUGGGCAAAUCUAUCAGGAGUGUCUGAAGAUAAUCCCGCACAAGAAGUUCACAUUUGCCAAAGUCUGGCUCAUGAAAGCGCAGUUCGAGAUUCGCCAAAUGCAGCUACAAUCAGCACGAAAGACAUUGGGUCAGGCGAUUGGAAUGUGUCCGAAGGACAAACUGUUCCGUGGCUAUAUCGACAUUGAAAAACGGUUGUUCGAAUUCGGCCGGUGCCGUACUCUGUACCAAAAGUACAUUGAAUGGAACCCUUCCAAUUCCCAAUCGUGGAUGCAGUUCGCAGACCUGGAGCGUAAUCUGGGUGACACGGAACGAGCGAGGGCUAUCUUCGAGCUUGGCAUCGACCAGUCGACACUUGACAUGCCUGAGCUUUUGUGGAAGACUUACAUGGACUUUGAAGCAGAUCAAAGCGAGUAUGAUCGAGUCCGACAAUUGUACGAACGUCUUCUUCAGAAAACCGAUCACGUCAAGAUCUGGAGCAACUACGCCCAAUUCGAGGCCUCGGUGCCGGGCGAGGAAGAGGAGGAGGAAGAGGAAGAAGAGGAGAAAUUGAGUCAAGAAGUACUCAGCCGCACACGUGCAAUCUUCCGACGGGGAGAGAAGGUUCUCAAAGACAAGGGUCUCACGGAGGAUCGUGUAAGUCUUCUCGGCAUUUGGCAAGAUUUCGAACAUUCAUAUGGAUCUCCGGAGGAUAUCGAAAAGAUCGACAAACAGAUGCCCCGGCGCGUCAAGAAGCGCCGCAAGAUGGCCAACGACCAGUACGAGGAGUACGUGGCCUAUGUGUUCCCUGCAGACGAUCAAUCUGCUGCCAAUCUUUCUCGUUUGCUCCAAAAGGCGCACCAAUGGAAGCAAACCCAGUCCUAG